AGGGUACGGCUCUAACAUCCUGGAUAACCUCCUGUCCCGGAUGGAGCAGUACGCCAACAACCUGGAGGAGCUGGUGGAGGAGAGGACGGCGGCGUACCACGAGGAGAAACGCAAGGCGGAGACGCUGCUCUACCAGAUACUACCUCACUCAGUUGCCGAGCAACUGAAGCGUGGCGAGACGGUCCAGGCCGAAGCCUUCGACUCCGUCACCAUUUACUUCAGUGACAUCAUCGGCUUCACCGCCCUAUCAGCAGAGAGCACGCCGCUGGAGGUGGUGACGUUGUUGAACGAUCUCUACACCUGCUUCGACGCCAUCAUCGACAACUUUGAUGUGUACAAGGUGGAGACCAUCGGCGACGCCUACAUGGUGGUGUCGGGGCUGCCGGUGCGGAACGGGAACCUCCACGCGGGCGAGGUGGCCCGGAUGUCCCUCGCCCUGCUGGACGCCGUCAGGACCUUCAGGAUCAGACACCGAGCCAAUCAGCAGCUGCUGCUCCGCAUCGGGAUACACACCG